UUCAACCCCGAUGCUCCUCCUCUCUCCGCGCUGUACCCAAUCCUCCUCACAACUCGUUCCACAAUUUUGCUAACAAACAAGAACCUCUUUUUUUUUUGUGGCGGCGGGAAAAAACAACAUGGCAGAUCUUGCAGCCCAGCCCAAGGGAGGAAGCGGCGGGAUUGUGAUCGACGAUGAUUGGCCGGGCUACAGUUUAGACCUGUUCAGCUACCCUGCUCACUACUCCGGAGACCUGGAUUGUGUCGUCAUUCCGCAUGGCGUCAUCAUGGACAGGACAGAACGUCUGGCUCGAAACAUCAUGGAUGACCUCGGGGACCAUGACAUUGUGGUGCUGUGUGUGCUGAAAGGAGGAUACCAGUUCUGCGCAGACCUGGUGGACAGGAUCAGCCUCAGCCGAAACUCCGACCGCACCAUCCCCAUGAGGGUUCACUUCAUCCGCCUGAAGAGCUACCUGAACGACCAGUCAACAGAGGAUCUUCACAUACUCGGAGCAGAGGAUUUGUCUUUUUUAGCUGGAAAGAACGUACUGAUUGUGGAGGCCAUUGUAGGCACCGGAAAGACAAUGAAGGCUCUCCUGAAGCAUGUUGAAGCCUUCAGGCCCAAAAUGAUCAAAGUGGCAGGAUUGUUGGUGAAGCGAGUUCCGUAUAACUCAACAUGCCUCCCUGACUAUGUCGGUUUUGAGAUACCUGAUCGCUUUGUGGUUGGGUAUGCCCUGGACUACAAUGAGUACUUUAGAGACCUAAAUCAUAUCUGUGUGAUCAGUGAAAGUGGAAAGAUGAAAUACAAGAUUUAAAAAGGGGAAGAAAAAAAAACAGAAAAGGGAUUUUAAAGAGACAACUGUGACACAGAUGUCAGCUGAACAUUUUUCCGGAGAUACCGAUCACUGCUACAACGGCUUUCAUGACAUUGGAUCUCAAGCAUCCGUGUUUUAUUAUACAUUCCUUCUAUGAGAUGUUUAUCAAUAGGACAUUUAAGCUAGUAAAUAUGUUGUUUUCAGUAAUGAUGUGUACUGAUUCACAUUAAGAUGUUACAUUGUAGACUACUGCUACUGUUUGCCUUCUUUUUUAGUUCCAACCAAAUGUAUGCCUUACGAAGAAUUUGAUAAUCAUGAACUGUAUGAGUGUAACAUUUUAACUUUGUGUGUGAUGAGAUCACUUACAAAAUGUAUUUUUUCAUGAGGAAAUUAGUGAUUGAAUUUCAAAUGUUUCUACAGCUUUUCAGUGCUCAUCAUGUAGCCCUCCUGCCGCCAUCUUUGAUGCUCAGGGGCAAAGUAGUUUUGUAAACACUAAGUGCACUAACUCACCUACCUCUUUUUGCGUACAGAUUUUAGGUUAAGUGAGAUACCUUUUUUGUUUCUGCAUUCUACUUUUAUAAUUUAACAUAUUAGUAAAGUAUUUUAACACUUC